AUGUUUAUGUAUGAACAGCUGAUUAAUCAUGGGAUUUCGGAGGAGCUUCUUGAGAAGGUGAAGAGGGUUUGUUCGGAAUGUUAUAAGCUCGAAAGGGAAGAAGGUUUCGAAAACUCGGAGCCAGUGAAGUUGUUGAAAGAGCUCGUGGCGAAGAAUGAUGAUGAUAAGUUGGAAAAUUUGGAUUGGGAAGAUGUUUUUCUUCUAUCUGAUGAGACUGAAUGUACUUGUGUUACUCCUGGAUUCAAGGAAACAAUGAAAGAAUACCGUUCGGAAUUGAAGAAAUUAGCUCAUAAGGUGAUGGAAGUAAUGGAUGAGAAUUUGGGAUUGAAAAAUGGCUAUAUCAAGAAGGCUUUCAACGGUGCACAAGAACUCGAACUCGAACCAGAACUCGAGAGUGCAUUUUUUGGCACGAAAGUAAGUCACUACCCGCCCUGCCCGAAUCCAGAGAAAGUUAAUGGGCUGCGUGCCCACACGGAUGCGGGCGGUGUGAUACUUCUAUUCCAAGACGAUAAAAAUGGAGGGCUUCAAAUCCUCAAGGAAGGAGAAUGGAUCGACGUGCAACCAAUUCCAAACGCGAUAGUAAUAAACACGGGUGAUCAAAUUGAAGUAUUGAGUAACGGGCUUUAUAGAAGCGUUUGGCAUCGUGUUCUAGCUUUUGAAGAAGGGAAUAGAAGGUCAAUUGCGUCGUUUUAUAACCCGUCUUAUAAGGCCAUCAUAGCCCCCGCGCCAGAGUUGGUCGAGAAAAAGUCGACUACAACUACAACAACAACGUUGAUGGAACAAAUUGAUUAUCCUAAGUUUGCAUUUGGUGAUUACAUGUCUGUUUAUGCUGAGCAGAAGUUCCUUCCUAAAGAACCAAGGUUUCAAGCUGUCAUCAAGGCCAUAUGAUCAUUGGCAAUAUCUAUCUUCAAAUUUUAUAAUAUUAUUGCUUAUUUGUGUGGGAUAUAUAAGUAUGUAUAAUGUAUGUGAAAAUUGAAAAUGGUUACUCUCUUUGGGUUAUAUAUUAUUGUUUAGGAAGCUGCUUAAUACA